AUGCGCCAGAACCAGAGCUCUGGCAGUCGACGUUUGUCUGGGACUUGGUCCAUCGCGUCCACUUCGUCCUGGGCUUCAAACAACGAGGACGCGGCACUCCCCACGUCCCGUCGCUGGUCGUCCCGGUUCUUCUCCUACUCCAGGCGCGGGCGUAAGAGCAGCACGUCGUCCACUUCAAGUCGAACUUGCGGAGGCAUGACCACGGAGGACACGAGAGAGCUGUGGCGCUGCAUGUUGGCGCUGCAGCAGCUAUACGGUUGCUACAAGUCGACCAGGAUGGAUCUGGCCGUGAAUGCCGGCGACGCUGGAAUCAAUCUCAUGCCGAAUCCCUUCAUCAUCGACACCCUCAACGACUCACUCGUCAAUUUGCCCGCAGAGGGGUGGGAAAUGCUCGACCGGUGCCUCCGAAACAGCAAGUCGGCUCCGCGAGCCAUGCGGUCAAAGCCAAAGUCCCAGCGGAAAUUCUGGUCUCGAUCCUGA